AUGGCCGCAGUCCGAGAGUGGUCGUGUGCCCGCUGCACCUUCCUGAACCCGGCCGGCCAGCGCCAGUGUUCCGUCUGCGAGGCCCCCCGGCAGAAGCCCGACCUCGAUCAGAUCUUGCGGCUCAGCGUGGAAGAGCAGAAGUGGUCCUGUGCCCGCUGCACCUUCCGCAACUUCCUGGGCAAGGAGACCUGCGAGGUGUGCGGCUUCGCGCCCGACCCCACGCCUGGGGCCCCCCUGGCCCCCGCCACCAAUGGGGCCCUGCCUCCACCACCUGCCGUCCUGGCCGAGCCCAGGGGCAGCUGCCAGGAGGAAGCAGGGCCUAUGCGGACGGUGGGGCGGGUGGCCGUGGAGCCAGCUGGGGGGCACCCCGAGGAGGCAGCUGCAGAGCCAGGGGGCUGGGCCUGCCCACGCUGCACACUGCACAACACCCCUGUGGCCAGCUCCUGCUCUGCCUGCGGGGGUCCCCGCAGACUCUCGCUGCCCAGGAUCCCGCCCGAGGCGCUGGUGGUGCCUGAGGUUGUGGCCCCUGCCGGCUUCCAUGCCGGGCCUACCCCAUCCACACCAGGCCUACCCAGGGAUGGCACCGAGGCCACCCCUGCCCCCAGCAGCCAGGGUGUCCCCACAACCGACCAGGAGCCCCCACGCGUGGCACCCUUCAGCCCCUUCUCGCCACCCCCACAGAACAACCCCAUGCCCCGUAGCCGUCGGGAGGUGCCUCCCCAGCCGCAGCCACCAGGGCCCGAGGCCUCUCAGCCUGCAGCCAGCCCCAAGGUCCCCCAGGGCCCGGGGCGGGCAGCGACCGGGGCCCCCCGCCUGAUGGAGCUGCUUUCCAGCCAGCGGCUAAGUGUGCUGGGGGAGGCGGUGACAGAGGGCGGGCCGGCCCACGGUGAGGGCUGUGGGCCUGCGCUGGGUGGGGACGUCAUCGACCUGGCCAGCGACUCCGUGCGCUUCACACCUGCCAGCCCCUCCAGCCCCGACUUCACCACCUGGUCGUGCGCCCAGUGUACGCUUCGCAACCCCACGGCAGCCACCCGCUGCUCCGCCUGCGGCUGCUCCAAGCUCCAUGGCUUCCAGGAGCACGGCGAGGCACCUGCCCACUGCCCUGACUGUGGCACCGACAGGCUCAGGCCCUGCGGCAGCAGCGGCUGCGGCCGGGCUCCCUCGGCCCACAAGGCUGCCCGCCUCCUGCCUGCCGGACCCCCCGAGCACCAGGCCCAGUGGGCCUGUCCUGCCUGCACUCUACUCAAUGCACCCCGCGCCCGGCACUGUGCCGCCUGCCACACGCCACAGCUGCUGGAGGCCCAGCGCCAGGGUGCCGCGCCCCUGCGGCGCCGGGAGAGCGUGCUGGUGGAGAAGCGGCGGCUGACGGAUGAAGGCGAAGCCAAGGCUCUGUGGGAGCACAUCGUGGCCUUCUGCCGAGAGAACGGCGUGAACUUUGUGGACGACAGCUUCCCGCCUGGGCCCUCGUCAGUGGGCUUCCCUGAGGGUGACGGCGUACAGCAGCGAGUUCGGCAGUGGCUGCGGCCCCACGAGAUCAACUGCUCCGUCUUCAAGGGCCCGUCCGCCGUGUGCUGGUCCGUGUUCUGCAGGUUGCGGCCCUCGGACAUCCUGCAGGGGCUGCUGGGGAACUGCUGGUUCCUGAGUGCCCUGGCCGUGCUGGCGGAGCGGCCCGACCUUGUGGAGCGGGUAAUGGUCACCCGAGACCUGUGCCCCGAGGGCGCCUACCAGGUGCGGUUGUGCAAGGACGGCACGUGGACCACGGUGCUUGUGGAUGACAUGCUGCCCUGUGACGAGGCUGGCUACCUGCUCUUCUCGCAGGCCCAGCGGAAACAGCUGUGGGUCGCACUUAUCGAGAAGGCACUGGCCAAACUGCACGGCUCCUACUUUGCGCUGCAGGCGGGCCGCGCCAUUGAGGGCCUGGCCACGCUCACUGGGGCGCCCUGCGAGAGCCUCCUGCUGCAGGUCAGCUCCACCAACCCCCGUGAGGAGCCCGUGGACACCGACCUCAUCUGGGCCAAGAUGCUGAGCUCCAAGGAGGCAGGGUUCCUCAUGGGCGCCUCCUGUGGGGGGGGCAACAUGAAGGUGGAUGACGCGGCCUACGAGAGCCUGGGCCUGCGCCCACGCCACGCCUAUUCCAUCCUGGACGUCCGUGACGUACAGGGCUCCAGGCUUCUGCGACUCCGGAACCCAUGGGGCCGCUUCUCCUGGAACGGCAGUUGGUCAGACGAGUGGCCACACUGGCCGGGGCAUCUGCGUGGUGAACUUGUGCCCCUCAGCAGUGGCGAGGGCGUCUUCUGGAUGGAAUACAGUGACUUCAUCAGGUACUUUGACUCAGUGGACAUCUGCAAGGCACGCUCGGAUUGGCAGGAGGUGCGGGUGCAGGGUUCCUUCCCCCGCUCGGCCAGUGGGCCUGUGGGUGUCACUGCAUUGACCGUGCUCGAGAGGGCCUCUCUGGACUUCGCCCUCUUCCAGGAGGGCAGCAGGCGCUCGGACGCAGGAGACAGCCACCUCCUGGACCUGUGCAUCCUGGUGUUUCGGGCUACCUUUGGUAGCGGCGGCCGCCUGAGCCUGGGCCGCCUCCUGGCCCACAGCAAGAGGGCCGUGAAGAAGUUUGUCAACUGUGACGUCAUGCUGGAGCCGGGCGAGUACGCGGUCGUGUGUUGCGCCUUCAACCACUGGACCACCGGCCCCACGGCCGUGCCGGGUAACGGGAUGCCCGGGUAGGGUGGGUGGCCUCUGAUGCAGGCCCCCAGCCCGUCAUCAGGGAGCCCACGCUGUGCCCCGGAGCCACCUGGCCACGUGCUGGCUGUCUACAGCUCGAGGCUGGUGAUGGUGGAGCCGGUGGAGGCCCAGGCAACCACACUGGCCGACGCUAUCAUCCUGCUGACUGAGAGCCGGGGCGAGCGGCACGAGGGCCGUGAGGGCAUGACCUGCUACUACCUAACACAUGGCUGGGCGGGGCUCAUCGUGGUGGUGGAGAACCGGCACCCCAAGUCCUACCUGCAUGUGCAGUGCGACUGCACCGACAGCUUCAACGUCGUGUCUACACGUGGCAGCCUGCGCACCCAGGACAGCGUGCCGCCCCUGCACAGGCAGGUCCUCGUGAUCCUGUCCCAGUUGGAAGGUAAUGCCGGCUUCUCCAUCACACACCGCCUGGCACAUCGGAAGGCUGCCCAGGCCUUCCUCAGCGACUGGACGGCCACCAAGGGCACCCACAGCCCCCCACUCACGCCCGAGGUCGCUGGCCUGCACGGGCCUCGACCGCUCUGA